AUGAAAAUUUUACGUUCGUUACUUGCUGGCAUAAGCAGCGCGGUUGGCCCCAUGAAAAUGGUUCUAGUUGUUCGGUCCGAUUUGGGAUUGAAAAAGGGAAAGAUUGCAUCACAAUGCGCCCAUGCGGCCGUUCUGUGCUGCAUGCGGGCAUCUGCCGGUCCUGCUAAAACUAAACUUAACGCUUGGUUAAUGCAAGGCCAGCCAAAGAUCGUACUUAGGGUAGACAGUUUAGAAGAGUUGCAUUUACUAACGACUCGGGCUGAAGCGUCUGGGGUGAUCGCUGAAAUAGUGCGAGAUGCCGGUAGAACACAGGUGGCGAGUGGUACGGAGACCGUAUUAGGAGUAGGACCUGAUCAAAGUCAAUCGAUCGAUGCAUUAGUGGGCCAUCUGAAGUUGUUGUAGUUAUGUAAAUAG